CCUAUUUCCAGGCAUUUCGCAUUCACCAUUUCAUCCGCACAUCACUUCCCACCCCUCGUGCGCUCUGCGCCCCGAAAGCUGAUAAAGCCCAACGAGAGACUUUGGGAGAGGGAAACUGCCACGGUGAAAUGAGCUUCAAAUGGAGUAUCAGUGUCAGUCACAAUCUCUAUGCUUAGUGAAGAGCUCUUAUUGCAUUUGUGGCGUCUUCAUCACAUAUACUUAAGGCUGUUGGCAAACAAGACUGACUGGAUUUUCGUCAAAGCGGCAGUUUUAGUUUCAAGGCAUUCGUCGUAUAUUGGAAGGGUGAUUCGUGAGCUUUCUUCUGUGUCUGGCUGGAGAGAUAAUGGGACUGCUAUCAAUGAUUUACGCGGACAUUGAGCGCAGCACAAAAGUGCCCCCUUUCUGCAGCUGUUUCCUGCGACAGGAGCGCGAGGAUCCCACCAAGAGGCACCUGAUCGACCAGUGUCGGUGCGGCGAGGAGCACUGUGAUGUCUACGAGUGGACCUGGGACGCGAAGAUCCCGCAUCCGGACUCCUACAUCAGCGAUGCACACGUUGUCUUCCACCCGGUCUACAGCCAGGGUACGGCAAUGGUGCGUGGCAACCGCGCCCUGGCCAUGGGCAUGUGUCACUACUGGGAGAUCAAGAUGAUGUCGCCGGUCUCGGGCACGGACAUGCAGGUGGGCGUAGGCACGGACCAGGUGAACCUCUACUCCCACCAGUAUUCCUUUGGCAGCACCAUCGGCCUGGACGAGCACUCCUGGGGCUACUCCUAUCGCGGCGUGGUGCUGCAUCGCGGGCGCAGCUUCUUCUUCGGCAAGAAGUACACGCAGGGCUCUAUUGUGGGCGUGCUGCUGAAUCUGCGGCGCGGCACGAUGGAUCUGUACAUAAACCGCGUGCCGCAGGGCCAGGCCUUUCACGACCUGCCGACAGAUGGCAGCGUGAAAUUGUACCCCAUGAUCUGCAGCACGGCGGCGAAGUCGCAGAUGAAGCUGCUGAACGCCGUGUCGUUCCGUGAGAAUUUGCAGUAUCACGCCAUGAAGGUGAUCUACAGACAGCCGCAAUUGCUGGCGGAGCUGCAGACCUAUCCCUCGUUCCAGGCCAUCGUGAAGCGCUUUUGGUUCCUCAGGCAGGACGACCGGAAGUACAACACCGACCGUGAGGAUCGCAUCUCCAAGCGACAACAGCAGCCGGAGAUUCUCGAGAACGCCGUCCUGCUGAAGAAUCUCGGCGAGGGGAGCUCCAAGGCUGCCACAGGUGAGCCCCUGCAGUCCCACUAGGGAACAGCCCUGGGCGUAGUCGCCAAAUCUCACCUUCUCUUCCCUAUUCGCAAGCAUUUAACGCAAAAGUCUGCUCUGAAAUAUACAAUUUUGUUUAGCAUUGCAUUUGCACAGUGUGUUUAUUGAGUGCGCAAAGGGUUAAUGGAAUUCUUUUUCUUUCUGUGGUCAAUUUCACUAGUUAGAAGCCUCUCUUAAUUCCACUCUGUGCUGGAUAUUUUCCUGCCUUAUCUCGCUCGUGAUGAAGCCCCACAAUCGCCACUCACGCUGUCUUUUCUCACA